AUGAUUGUAAAUUUAGGAAAUCUGAAAGCAGUCCAAUAAAAAAAAUAAAAUGCAAAUUAAACAAUAUAAAAGAAUUUCAUCUUACUUUUUAUGAUAUACUUUAUACAUAAGUAGAUACACCCAAAAAUAAUAACUUAUUCAAUUUGCUAUAUUAGAACCAAAAAUAUUAAAGACCUCCUGAAUGAAUUAUGUGAAGGAGUAUUUAGAAGACAUAUAUAAAUUAGGUAAAAUUAUUGGAAUAUAGGAUAAAUAUAUUGCAUAAGAAAUUAAAUGUGAAUGUGUGUUUUUUGAUAGGACGAGUAUUAGUUUUUAGAUCAAGAGGAAUAUUAUCCUUCAGAUCAUCUCAAAAGGCAAAAAAGCCAUAAUUCAAGUUGUUAAGAAAAAAAAUAGAGCAGUCCAAAAAUUAAUUCUUUUUCAGAUCAUUAAAAUAUCAAAGAAAUAACAAUUUUAUCUCUAAAAAAGAAUUUCAAAUGUUUAAAGAAACCAAUAAAGAUUAUUACUUAAUUUUGAUUUAAGUAUUUUGUAUAAUAAUGAAACAAUUUCAUGCAAAUAAUUUUGCCAUUUUAUAAAAGCCAAUAAUGCAUUAAAUGUAAGUAAAUUAAAUAAUAAUUAUAGUUUUAUAAGCCAUAUAAACAAUUGAAAGUGUCCAAUAGAGAGUUUAUAAAUAUAAAUAGAAUAUUUUGUUAAUAAUUAAUUCAAAAGAAACAUCAAAAAAUUAAACCAAUCUAUCAAGAAUUGAUACAGAAUUUUAAACUUUCAAAAUAAUAAGUGAUGAAAAUGAUACUUAUUUUGAUUAAUAAACAUUUGAACAUGCUUUCAUAUCAAAUUAAAUGCACAUCUAGAAUAAUAACAGAAUAGAUUAAUGUUUAUUGAUUAACUAAUGAAUAAAUAAAUUUUUAACCACUUUAUGAAUAUAUAUAAUUUCUGUAUUAUUGUUGAUUAGAAUAUUCGAAAUAAACAGGCAAAACUUUAAGAAUUGCACACCUUAGUGAUAUCAAAGGAUUGGGAUUGUAGGAAGAUAGAACUGCAUUUGAAAAUGCAUCUUGUAUGGUAGGAUCAUAAAUAGCAAGAAAGGUAUUUAAAGCAACAAAUUUAUGAAAAGGCAGGAAAUUUAUUCAGUUGAGGUGAAAAAGACAGAAAUAAUUAUGGAGAAUUUCAGAAGUGCUAUUGGUCUAAAAAUUAAAGAAACUAAAGUAGUUUGGGAAGGAGAAGAUGUUUAAUUGAAAAGAGAAGAAAAAAAAGAUCAGACAGGUUUGGAUAUAUAAUCAAUAAAUGAGAUAGUAUCAGUUGUAGUAAUAACUCUGAAAAAAAUCGAAAAGAUCUAAAACAGUAUAAUUAGAUUCACCCAUUCGUGA